AAAACAGUACUCAUCAUGGAAUUAAUCAAUAACAUUGCUAAAGCUCAUGGGGGCGUAUCCGUAUUUGGUGGAGUCGGGGAACGGACUCGUGAAGGAAAUGAUCUUUAUAUGGAAAUGAAGGAAUCCGGAGUAAUUAAUGAAAAAAAUAUUGAGGAAUCAAAGGUAGCUCUAGUCUAUGGCCAAAUGAAUGAACCACCGGGAGCUCGUAUGAGAGUUGGUUUAACUGCCCUAACUAUGGCAGAAUAUUUCCGAGAUGUUAAUAAGCAAGACGUGCUUUUAUUCAUCGAUAAUAUCUUUCGUUUUGUUCAAGCAGGAUCGGAGGUAUCCGCUUUAUUAGGGAGAAUGCCUUCUGCAGUGGGUUAUCAACCUACUCUUAGUACAGAAAUGGGUUCUUUGCAAGAAAGAAUUGCUUCUACUAAAAAGGGAUCUAUAACUUCGAUUCAAGCAGUUUAUGUACCUGCAGACGAUUUGACCGACCCUGCUCCUGCCACAACAUUUGCACAUUUGGAUGCUACUACCGUACUUUCCAGAGGAUUAGCCUCCAAGGGUAUUUAUCCAGCAGUAGAUCCUUUAGAUUCAACCUCAACUAUGUUACAGCCUAGGAUUGUUGGCAACGAACAUUAUGAAACUGCGCAAAGAGUUAAGGAAACUUUACAACGUUACAAAGAACUUCAGGACAUUAUCGCUAUUCUUGGGUUGGAUGAAUUAUCGGAGGAAGAUCGUUUAACUGUAGCAAGAGCAAGAAAAUUUUAG